UGUAGCUGGGUGCUCUGUUCCUCUCCCUCACCGGCGACUGCUUCACCCUAUCGUACCUCUUCCUACCAAUUUUUCCAGCUGAUAAGCGACUGCAGCCUGGAUACGUACGCUGGCUCGCAUGGCAGAGAGGUCCGCCUGGCCGACUUUUCUUCCUCCUUCUCAAGCUCUCUCUGUGCGUCUCUCUCUCUCUCCUCUCUCGCUGGUAAAAUAAACACUCGAGAGUGCUGGACGUGCGAUGAUGGAGCAGCAGCAGCAGCAGCAGAAGCACGCCGCAUCUUCCUCUUCGGCUUCCUCUUCUUCGUUGGCCGCUGCGACACCGGAGGAUGAUGCCAAGGAACGCAAAGAGGCGCAGGAAGAGCGCGUGCAUGUUCGAGACUUUACCUCGCCAGAGGGCGCGUCGAGCAGCGCAGUCGCUCCUCCCGCCCCGAGCAACCGAGGCAUAUUGAACGAUGCCGAUUCGAUAAGCGAGGCACGACCGGUCAAGCGGCACGGGCGGAAAGGGGGCCUUCCCAUGACGCGGACAAUAUCGUUCAGUACGCCUCCGGACCUGCCAUUCUCAAAGCGCAAAAGCAGAUUCGCGAGGCGGGACACGGGGGAGACUGAUUCGUCCGACGAUGGUGACGACACGAUAAGCGAACUCUCUUCCGACGAUGGCAGCUCGUCAGAGGGCGGAAGAAGGAGAAAGACGAGAUUCAGACCGCAUGUGCCCCAUCGGAUUCGGCGGUUGCGCAAGCAAAAACAGGAGACGGAGACGAAAAAGGAGGAAGAGGAAGAAGAUGAAGGGAACGAGAGGCCGGCAAUAGACCGCGUCUACCGACGAACACCAGUAUUCAGCGGCACGAUUGCGCCGUUCAGUAUCAUGCUCGAGAUCCCCGGCUUCACUUCAAAGUGGUACGUUCGAACGGGGGGCCAGGUCUACCGGCCCAACCCACCCGUGCUCGACGUUGCUCUGGCCCUGUCGCUCUUCUUUGCCGUCAUUGCCAACGCUGCCGUCCUAGGUCGUUUUGCAGAGCGUCUCUCGCCCAGGCUGGCCACCCUCAUUGCCGUCUGUGGCUUCCUGAUCCACGACGUCAUCAAUAUCGUCGCCCUCGUCGUCUUUGCCGUCAUCCACAAUGUGGACGACGGCUUCACAUACUCGGAGGCCUUCUGGAUGACGACAGCCGCCACGGGCGCCUCGCUCCUCUGCACCACCUCGCUCCUCCUCGACUACCGCAAUACCAAAAACUUCAGAUCGGCAGGAAGCGGCCUGACCCGGAAGCAGUCGCAGCUCGUCAUGGCCAUCAUGGCCUUUCUCGCAUACAUUUCCAUCUCUGCCCUCAUCUACUCGCUCGUCAUGCAGCUUCAAUUUCUCGACGCCAUGUACUUUAUGGUCGAGUCGCUCGCCACUGUCGGCUUGGGUGACGUGACACCAAAGGGCACGGCGGCCCGGGUGCUGCUCUUCUUCAUUGCUCCGGGAGGCAUCGUACUACUGGCCGUCGUCAUUGCAUUUGCGCGGCAGACGAUCCUGGAAGAGCUUGAGAAUGCGUACAAGAAGAACCGCGCGCUGUACAAGGAGAAGCUCGCUCAGCGGGCACAGGAGCAACGGCAGCUCAAGGGCGUCAAGCAUGCGCUCAAGCGAAGAUUCACGAGCGUCCGCCGGGGUGUCACGAGGCAAUUCUCCAUCGCCCCUGAUGUCCGGCCUGCUCCUCAAGCGGACCAGGUCAAGACCGAAGCUGGAACAGACAACGAUGAGGGAGCGACAGCGGCUGCGGGACGAGUCAUUUUGGAACAUGGAGACGGCGCGCCUGUUCCCCUCUAUGAGUCGCCCUCGGGAAGCUGCGUCGACCUGUCUAUUGAUACUUCACCCGCUCCGGCAUCUGCGCCAGGAGAUGAGCAGCUCACAGCCACGCCCAGCAUUCGUUCGCGGCACGACACCCUGCACUCGAUCGCACCGUCGGACAUGCAGGCGAUGACAGAGAUGGAAGCCGAGCUCGUGGCGCAGCGACAGGAAAUCGACGCCCGGUUCCACCACUUUACUCUGACGCUCUCCAAGCGCGAGCGCGCAGAAUUCUGGGCUAAGAUUGGCUUGUCUGCCCUCCUCUUUGUCGGCUUCUGGGUCGUCGGAGCGGCAGUCUUUAGUGCCAUCGAAGGCUGGACCUACUUCGAAGGCUUCUACUUUAGCUUCGUCAUCUUUUCCAGCAUCGGCUAUGGCGACCUGGCCCCGCGAACCAGCUCGGGAAGGGCCUUCUUCAUCGUGUGGACACUUGCGGGCUUUGGAACCUUGACGGUGCUGCUCAGUAUCCUGACGGACGCUGGAGGCGAUUUCUUCCAGAAGAGGCGAAGGAUCAAGAGCCGAAAGAACAGAAGGAAGAAACGCGUGCGUCAGCCGCAUGACGAGGAGAAACACGUAGGGGAGAGGCAGACCGAGAAGAAGCACGACAAAGAGGAAGAGUCGUCGCCCUCGUCGUCGCCAAGCACGUUGAAAUUCAAACAACCCUCUUCCUCAUCUGCUUCCCUUCCUCCUGCUCCAUCGUCUUCGCACGAAACUGCAAAGCCGCCCUCCAUCGUAAGCCUGACGCGCACUGCUAUGUCGAUGCAUCGCGGCGCGCUCGAGAUGCUGCAGCUUGACAGGCAUACCCUCGUCGAUGCCUUCCGACACUUUCCCGACCUCAUUUCCUCUAUCCAUCACCAGCAGCACCACCAGCAGGGCCGCGACGAUGGAUCAUUGACGAAGCAAGCGCGCUCGCUCACUCCCAAGCAGCGAGAGCGUGUCAUCAAGACAAUCGAAGAGACUGGCGACGAAAAGCUUGUCCUCAUCGUCAGGCAGUGGUUGCUCCUGGCCGAAUUUGAAGACAAGAUAUGGCAGGCAGCUGACAUUGUCGGUCCUUUAUUCUAG